AUGAUCUUCUCGGAGCUGCAGAGCGCGUCAAAUUGCGCGUGUUUACUCUGCAAAAGACCAAAAACAGAAGGAGCUAUGAUUGACAGUGUGCUCAUUGUUCGCGGAGAAAAUCAGCGAAAUGUGGGCGGUGUUGGUUUCGUUGUCCACCCAUCUGUCAUUCAUGUUGUCGAUUCUUACGAAAUCUUGUCACGUCAUCUGGCGAUUCUUUGCUUCUGCCCUUUGCGCGGAAAUCCAGAAUCAUCCUCAACUGCUGCUCGCCAACAUCACCGGAUAAGAAAAGUUGAUAAAUCCGAAGUGGAUAGUGGUUUUAUGGGGAGUUGGAAGAAGUGA